UAAAUACCAUCGUCCUGAGUGAAAAGUAUCAACUAUAUGAACAUAAGUAGAAACUGCGCAUGCAGUAUCAUACGUAAGAUACUCUUACAACUUUACCAGUAUAGUUGAUAUUUGGCAAAGAGUUAAUCAAGAAAGCCCCUGUGCGCACUUCCGUUUAGAGGAAGCGAACGAACCGAUGAAGCGAGAGAAAUGGACCUCUUUGAAGAUUUGCCUGAACCGGCAAGCAGGACUUUACAAGAGGUGAAUGUCGAGAGCAGUGGAGUUGAUUUGUUCAGUAAUGCAAGCAACGCUGGGGAAGGGUUGUUUGAUGAUCUGCCAUCAUCGAAGAUUCCCAUGGAGGAGAGGGCAAAGGGCGAGAAACGGAAGAGCACAGAAGAGGACAGUCAACAGAAGAAUGUCCGCUUAAAAUCAUGUGCCAAGUACAGCCUGAAGAGUUUUGUGGCUGACAGGAAAGGGGAGAGGGAGGAGAUGCAGGACGCUCACUUCAUGCUGCACAACUACCACCAGGAGAUCCCCGAUCUCCACCCUUCCAUCUAUCGCUUGUCUCUCUUCGGCGUCUUCGAUGGACACGGGGGCGGCAGAGCAUCCAGGUUGGCAUGCCAGGUUUUCCCACGAAAUCUGCGGGAUAGGUUUCCCAAGGGAGAUGUGUCCCAGGUGGAGAGAGACAUAAAGAAGUGUUUUAUCGAGGCAUUUAAGAAAACUGAUGAAGAUUUCCUCAAACAAGCCACAAAAAAUAAACCCACAUGGAAGGACGGCACCACAGCUAUUCUUGUACUUGUCAUCAAUGAAACACUGUUUAUCGCAAACCUAGGAGACAGCAAGUCCAUCUUGUGUCGCUACAAGGAAGAUCAGGCGAAGUGUGUUGCCGUGCCGCUAUCUACGGACCACAGUCCCGGGGUGUAUGAGGAGAGGAUGAGGAUACAGAAGUCUGGGGGACAUGUUAGAGAAGGACGAGUGAUGGGUCAGCUGGAGGUUUCUCGGUCUAUCGGGGACGGGCCCUACAAGAACCACGGUGUCAUCUGCCUCCCUGAUGUCAAGCGGUGCCAACUCACCGAUCAUGAUCGGUUCCUGCUGCUGGCCUGUGAUGGUCUGUGGAAGAGCUUCAGUUUGCAGGAGAGUGUAGAUCUGGUCAACAACAUUGUUAACUCACAGCCCAAAGGAGAAGACAAGAAGACCUCGGCAGACACCUUGUACGAAGCAGCGUGUAACAAGCUUGCCAAUGAUGCCGUUUUAAGAUUCAGUGGUGAUAAUGUCACCGUUGCCAUUGUUAGCAUCACACGAUCACAACAUGCCGGUUCCUGAUGUCUUUCAAAGAGUAUAAAAACAAAGUUAUUGAUUAAUAUAUGGCAAGGUGAAUCUGCUAUCCUUGCAUGUUACCAUGGUAACUGGCCAUAACUUACCCCUAACUGUAAAGGUGCUAUGUGUUCCUGUCUGCCUGGCUGUACUGGUUGCACAUUAACAAAACAUUGAGAAGAGAAGGCAACAGCAUUUCCUUCUUAUGCUCUGGCAGUGUGGUUGACAUUUAUCACACUUGGCAAUGACAAGACGUGUUUCUCAUCAUGUGGGUUGUUUAAAACAUGCUUUUUGAACAAUUUGUUCAUUUAAUCCCUUGUGUAAUUGGAUAUGUGCUCUUGUUGCCAGAUGAUGAUCUGUAGCAUAUGUCUAAAUAACAGCUCAGUUAAUUUUACAGCGUUCGAAACUAACAGUUUUAAUCCACUAGUCCUUGUCAUGAAAACAUGUAGCAAAAUCCUUUAAAAGGGCAGAUGUAUACUCGUCCUUAUGAUGCCUUAACUAUUGGGCAGUUUGGCAAGGACUGUAGGACAAGUGCCAGUUUCUAACACUGUUACUUAGGUACUACCAUUUGUUACAGGGGUGGGGUGGAUGGGGCUUUUUUCAUGGGGGUUGGGUGUCAUGACAAAACUACAGCAAGAGAGGAAUGAAUGAUGAAUGAUGUUUAUUCUCGUAAAUCACGGCAGUGAUACAGAGAUGUAAUUGGAUACAGGAAUUAGAUACAAUAGGAGAAAACAUGAGGAGGGGUUGCCAAUAUUUAUCACAACUAUGUACGGGUGGGAUGUGAGGGUGGUUGUGGGUGGUUUUUUUUGUAAUAGUUUUUUGUCAUGAAGAAAUGACAUCCAAUAUUUAUAUGGGGGUGGGUAUGAAAAAUGACAGAUUUGGGUGGCCAUGAAUAAUGACAUAGUUCUGUUGAAAAUUUCAUUGUGAGGAAUCAAAAGGGAGAGGAAUAGGGAAAUUAAUAUGGUCUCCUCUGUGAUUUAUUAACCGGGGGAUGGGGGGUUAUUUAUUAGGGGUAUGACACAGCAAAAGGGGGAGGGUCACCAAAAUUUAACACAACCAUAACUAAAAAUAUGAUACAGUCCUAAGAUCAAUCUCACUGGCCCCACCAUAACCGCCACCCCCACCCCCACCCCAAUAGGUGGCAAUUUCAGGGUUGCCUCAUAUAUCCAUUCAUUUAUGAGGCAAUAUUGUCUCUCCUGACAUGAUGCGAUUUAACUGAAACAUUGUUCAAAGCAGUGUUAAAACAUCUCACUCAUUAUUUCUGUUGGUGCAUAUCAAGGGCAGGUAACUCUAACCACAUAUGUUGACCUAUCCCUGCUCACCUCUGACUCAUCGAAAAUGGCUGACUUCUUGAAGGAAAUAAUGUCUAGAUGUCAUGUCUGUGUCCAUGGAAUAUUGUUGUUACUGAGGGUUUCAAACCACGCUGGAAGGAAUCCAUAUUAAACAUAUGGAACUUGUUUCAAACACCUGACACAAGAUAAGCUGGCGACCAUUAGGCCAGUUUUUGUGUUUAUUUUUUGUAUUUUUUAAACACAUAUUUGGCUGAAAAACUCAGGUCAGUAGGUCAAGAAAAGUAACUAAGAUUUCAGUUACAAAUUCAUUAUAAUUUGUGUGUGUCUUGAAGUUCUUAAGAUAUAAAUUCAACACUUUUUGAUCAUGGUAUUUUAAAUGAUUUAUGUAUUUUGAAAGCGACAGUAAACAAGUAUUUUUGUAACAUUUUAUGUAUUUCUCGGGGUCGGAACAUUCAUAAG